UAACAAUCCCAAUCUUAUCAGAAUCCAUUUUCAUGAACUAUUGACCAAAUCCCAUUCUUUCACGGGUUCUCCAUUUCAACCACAUUUCUGCAAACAUGACUUCUAUGCUCAUUGCUUUACUCACAGCCCCUGCGCUCCUAGCAACGCAGGAAGCUAUCACCCAAGGGCAAAAGAAAGAUCGACGAGAAGAACAUCGUGCCCGAAGAUCGGCUCUCAUCGUGAGCUGCGUUGAUGCUUCACCACUAAGUCUUGAGAUCGAUCAUCGGCAAGUAGCUUUAAAGAAUUCGAAGCUAUUUAUCAAGACAGACCCGUGUGAUACAUCAUUGCACCCUUUCGGAGGUUACUAUCUGCCAUAUCCAGAUGCAGGAUACGAGGGUCUAGUAUCCACGAUCACAGACGUUGCUCCAGUCUUAAAUUGGAUAUAUGUCGACAAAGAAACCUACGAAGUGAAAUAUGGAGUAAAAGCAGACGCGCAUCCAAAUAUCACUGGUCCAUUCAACUGCACAAGACAAGACAAGAGAUUGACUUUGGAAGAGUGGGAGGGCUUUGUGGCAGUGAAGGUGGAAGAAGGAGAGAACGCAGGCAUGUGGGAAUUGUAUUAUGACAAAGACGAUGAUCUGCUUGCAGGAAAGCUUGGAUCAGGAAGGAAGAUACUGGAAGUAGAGCUUGUAAGGUGGGAAAAGAAGGUACGGAAAGGCAAGCCGCUGGGCGACAUGAGGUAG